AUGCAUCGGAUGGCCGACCAGGACGCUGUCAUACCGCUUUCCCAGCCUAUCACGACGACGAGCGGCAGCACGGUGGACCAUAUCGAGGGGUGCAAGGGGCAGCUGCUGGUGCUGUCGAUCGGCUCCUUCCAACGGCUUGAAUCACGCUGGGGAGCAGACGCCGACAAGUUUGACCCGUAUCGCUGGAUCGAGGGGCGCGUGGUGCAGGGUGAUGGGAUGGGCCCAUAUGCAAAUUUGCUGAGCUUCGCCGCCGGCCCGCAUGUCUGUCUCGGGUCAGUCGCCCAGUCUCUUGUCUACAGCCCAAAUGCUAACUUGCCCUACUUAUGCACACUGUAG